AGAACGACGGUCGCUUAGAGUGUCCACAUUGCCACAAAAUGUUGAAGGGUACAAGUCUGCGCAAACACCUCGAGGACAUGCACACUGUCCACCUCACACCUUACGAGUGCAAGAUCUGUCACAGGUUCUACCGCACUCCCAACAGCCUGCAGAACCACAGUAGCCGCUACCACCGUCGCCAGCGAACCGACUCCUCCGGACCCUCGGAGUAUGAAGCUUCCGGCGCCUCGCCCUUCCCCGCCGCCUCCAUGACCCCAGUCGCGGUGCCGCAGCAGUUGUCGUCGCUGCUGGCGGCUGCAGCAGCAGCCCGCGCCACCACGCACCUGAGCCCCCGCACUCCUGGAUUGAGCAACGGAGCGCCCCCGCCGCCUCCAGAGCAUCAUCUGCCGGGGGACAAAGCCACCUCGUUCAGUGACAUCUUCAACUGAGACGGAGCACGUGACACGGCUCAAGAAAAUCUCGUUACCUUAAGACAUGAAUGGAGGCCCAGCAUUCUGUACACGCCAGUAGAGUGUCCGAUAUGUAAACGCCGGUUCUUCAAUAAGUACUCGGCCAAAAGACAUAUGAUUCAGGCGCACGGGGAGAACCGCUUUCACACCCGCCCGUACGCCCGCGCGGACCCCA